ACGCCGUAAAAAAACAACCAAAACCCAGUGACGUUGCUAUGGGAAGGGUUGCUUGGAACUAAUGCAGUGAAGAAAAGAAAUAGAAAUGGCGGUGCGCGGAGGAUUUAGCGCUGCACAACAGAGAGAAACCACUGCUGACGGCAGCAACGACGUGUCAGAUUUUAUGUGUCCAGUUUGCCUCGAAAUCUUUGAGAGACCUGUCAGAACACAAUGUGGACAUACAUUCUGUCACAAUUGUUUGCAAGAGUGUUUGCGUCCUCAAAAGCCCGUAUGUGCGGUAUGUAGGACUACAGUUGGGCCGUGGACCAAAGCAGUGGAUCUAGAAGCCCUCAUCCAGUCAUCAAUCUCAGCUUGUAAGGGAUGUGGAGUUCAGAUUGUUCUGUCUCAGAUGAGGAGCCACACAGCUGCCUGUUUAAAAUACCAGGACUAUAUUGAGGAAGGGGUGAGGACAAGUGUCCAAAGCCAGCCUGCUGCUGUGAGUCCAGUGCCAAAUCGUUACACAUUUACCUGUCCUUACUGCAACUGCCAGAACCUUGACCAGGACAGCCUGGUUGAACAUUGCACGACCCAUCACGCUCGAGAUGCACGCCAAGUGGUGUGCCCAAUUUGUGCCUCAAUGCCUUGGGGGGACCCCAACUACAGGAGCGCGGACUUCUUUCAACACCUAAAGCUCAGGCACACUUUCUCUUAUGAGACCUUUGUUGACUACUCCACAGACGAGCAAACAAUGAUUCAGCAGGCUUUACAGCGCUCCCUUAUGGACAACUGAAGUGUCACAAACAAUCUGAAUAGAGGAGUCCAGAGAAAUGGUGGGCGGAUUGUCUUUAAAAGACAUAACAAGACACUGUAUCAUCGCUUACUAUUUCAAAUAUUAUAAUUAUUUUCAUAAGGAACUGGUGUCGUAUCUCUGAACCUGUAGGUUUCAUAUUCAAAAUGUAGGCUUUGUUGAGAGUAAGAAUAUAUCAUACAGUUUGUUUUUAGGAGUGAUGUGUUUUUUGGUCAGCUAAUCUCCCCUGUUGAGCCUGUAGACUUGAUAGUUUGUUGAAUAUCUUCUUUACAUCUCUUGUUCGGUAAUGACCUAGUGUCAUAUAAUCAGAAGCUUCCAAAGUUGUAAUAUCCAGUUAAUCAGUACACUUCACAAAAUAAUUUGUCAACUAGAUGGCUUUUUGACAAUAAACGACAAGGUAUAGUCACUUAGGGUGUCAAAUAACUACAAUAUAUACAGAAAUAUUCUACCACAGAGUAUGUGUGCACGUCAGCUCUCACGAGAGAAAAGGCGGUUUGUCUGGUUGUUUCUGUGUAGGUUAAUUCGGCUAAAAGAAAUAAUUUUUUGAAUUUUUUGUGUUUUUGUAAGAAUUGUGUGGGAGUUUGUGUUUAUUCUCUUUUUUUCUAAUUACCGGUAACUGGAAAGAAUAAAUAAGGAGGAUUGAACAGCCAGAAGUGUCGCUUUGUUUCCUUGUAAGGCUCCUCUUCUUUUGUCAUUUUGCCUUCUAUUAGACUUAAUGGGGUAAACAUUUAUCCAGGGUAACUAUAGACACAGGAGAAGAUAAUUAUGUUUUAAGAAGGUUUUUUUUAUUUUCUAAAAGCUUUAUUUACAUGUGUAUUGCCACAUGAGGGCAGUAGAGUUAUACAGUUCUCUUGACUGGUAUCUGAAGCAAAUCAGCCUUGUAAUUCUUGCGAAGCACAAAAGAACACAAACUCUGUUUCUUUGACCUUUUGGGUUAAUUCAAAUGCAGCAUUACAAAACGUGUCAGAGGUGUUUAGAAAUGGCGACUUUCAUAGACGUACAUCUUACUGGAAUCAUCAGAUAGGCGGUGGAUAAGGGGCCACCGCUGUUACUUCCCAAGGCAUACGUUUCACAUGUUUUGUCUAGAAUCGUUUUUGGAAAGGACGGUAAGUUUGGGAUUUAUGCUUGCUUUUAGUUUUCUUGAAUGCGAGGUUAUUUUUUUUUUUAAACUGGUCAUAUGACUUUCCAGAGGGAAAAAAAUGUGUAGUAAACAUUGUCAAUUUUUUUUUUUUUUUUUUUGGGUGCUUCAAUUUAGUAAUUUUGCUCUUAUUAAAUGUGACUCUUCAGUUUUUGGUUUCAGAUCAAACCUUUAAUACAAACCUUCACCCAGUGACGUUGAAUUCUUCUAUGUCAGGAACUUAAAACUUCAUUUCAGAUUAAGUCGCGUCAUGUUUUGUUCUUUUCUUAUUUUGUUGGCUCCACUUCAGUAUAGACUUUUCACCCCCUUUCAAAUCAAAGUAUGUACCAAUUUUGUAUGUUUGAAAUGUAUAAUGAUGCUUUUUUCCCCCUUUCUCAAUAUAUCUCUCACUCUCUUUUGUCAGCCCCACUGUCAACUGGUGCUAAAUCCUGAUAAAUUAAAGCUCUUUAAUUAUUUAAACCCUGGCCCCGGAAAUCAGGCACAGUGAUUUAUACCUGUGUGUAUGAAACAUGUGGGGGGAGAAACAACACUUGCUGCUGAUGGAUGACCAUACAGUCUAUGUGUGUUGGUGAAGGAAAGCAGUUAAAAAAAGGAAACUGCAUAGAAAAUUCAGAUUUUGCUGAGCUGUUGCAGUCAAAUAAAUAUUUUCUACUGAAAGAAAGUAGUCCCAUAAAAGGGUUCUUCAACGCUUUGAGUGAUUCUUUUAAACAGGGUACCUACUAACUUUCUGAUGAAACUUCAGCUCUUCAGUGUGCUUCGUCCACUGGGAAGGAUAAUCCUCUCAUCUUUUCUCAUUCAGAGCCUCUUGUAUCACCCAUCGCUGCUGCAAAAUAAUAAAAAAACAGCUUCUAGCUCCAUAAAAGAUCUCACCAACCCAACUUCAUGCUGUCGGUUCCCAGCACCUAUGCAUUGAGAUGUACCUUUAUAUUCUAUAGAUUUUAUAUCUUUAUCACUCCCUGAAUCAGGUUUUUGCUUCUGGCAGAUAGAGGAUGGAUGUUGGCUGUGAGAGAACUAACGAGAUACUUGAAUGCUUCUGGGCAGGAAGGAAGUGGAGUCGGAAAACAUGGCAGAAAAAGACUUUCUUGUCUUAUUUGGUGGCACAGCUUAAAAUAGAGGGGAUUCAAGGUGGGGAGGAGGGGGAGUUGAACACAAUGAAUGAAAUUUUUAUAAAGUUCAGAGUGUGGUUCCUUUGAUCUGAGUGGUAUAAUGGUGUGCAUAAUCUGCAGGCUCUGAGGAGGCAACAAUUAAUGCAACAUGCACCCAAAGGCACACAGUGAGAAACAGAGAUGCUGGUUUGUUUUGGAAUAAUUGUGUCAUUCUGUCACUCUGAUCUGUACAUUUUAGCACUUUUUGUUUUUACUGAUUGUAUUUAAAGUCUCCCUUUCCACUUACCUGAAAUGGUUCAAAGCAUUAAUAAAAGUGUUUGUUUUUGCCUCUGAAUAAAAUUUACAAUAUAAGAGCUUUUGAA